AUGGCGACGCGGCGAGCGGGCCGCAGCCGCUGGGAGGUGAGCCCGGGGGAGGCGCGGCGGCCCCGCGGCGCGGCUGCCCCGGGGGAGGCGGCGUCCCCGCCGGUCCUGUCCCUCAGCCAUUUCUGCCGGUCGCCUUUUCUCUGCUUCGGGGACGUGCGCCCGGGCGCCUCGCGGACGCUGGGGCUGGCCCUGGCCAACCCGAACGAGGAGGUGGCUGAGGUGAAGAUCCAGCGCUUCCCGGCCCCCGACCGCGGCUUCAGCGUCUCGCGCCGCUUUUUCGUGCUGCAGCCUAAAGAAAAAAUUGUUAUUUCUGUCAACUGGACACCUAUUAAAGAAGGCCGAGUAAGAGAGAUUGUGGUAUUUCUUGUAAAUGAUGUUCUGAAACACCAAGCCAUAUUACUAGGAAAUGCAGAAGAGAAUAAAAAGAAAAAGAGGAGUCUUUGGGGUACCAUUAAUAAGAACAAAGUAUCAGCCUCUUCAAGUCACAGCAAGAGAACUGCAUAUGCUCAAAAUGUUAAUAAGACAUUUAGUGUUUCCCAAAAAGUUGAAAGAGUUAGGAGCCCACUACAACCCUGUGAAAACUUUGCUAUGAAUGAAAGCUGUUCCCCAACAGAAAACCAUUCUUUAAUUCUUGAAAAUGAAAUACCCUUAUCACCUAUUAGCUCCACUUUUAAAGAAUGCCAUGGUGAGACUUGCUUGCCACUCUGUAUACGUCGAUCUACUACUUAUACAUCUCUUCCUUUAUCUGAAAAUGAGGAACUAUUGAAAGCAGAAGGUGUUAACAUUCCAAAAGAUUUUAAUGAAAAAGUUAUAACUGAAACUUCCUUUAACUCUAUAAAUAGUAUUAAUGACCACAUUGACGAAAGUAAACUUAGUCUUACCCCAAGCUGUUCUUCAACUUUGAAUAUUACACAAAACCAAGGAAAUUUUUUAAGUCCAGAUUCUUUUGUGACCAAUUGCCAUGCAGUUAAUAAUGAACUGGGAUUAGUGACAAUUUCAUCAGAUACAUUUAUGAAAGAUAAUUCAAGGCCUGUGCAUUUGGAAUCAAAAAUUGUACAUCAGAUUUACCGUACAAUUUUAAGUCCAGAUUCUUUCAUAAAUGGUAAUUAUGAACUAAAUCCAGAGCUGGAAUCAGAGUCAAUUCAUCCCAUUCUAUCCCCAAAUCAAUUUGUAAAAGAUAAUAUGGCCUACUUACGUACCUCUCAGGAAACAAGUAAAUUAUCACCAUUACCAAAUGAAAAUUCUCAAGACUGGAGAAAAAAUGAAGUUUUACCUUGCAUUCCUGAAUGUCAGGACCGAAAAUCUCCCAAAGCUAUUUUUGAAGAAUCCAAUACUGUAGAAAUGAAGUCAAAUUAUUAUAGUUUUACACAAAAAAAUCAGCCUAAAUGUUUGGCAGCUCAGGAGAUUUCUAGUUACAGCCAAGAGAAACAACUAAAGAAAAGGCCAAUACUUUCCGCCACUAUUACCAAAAGGAAGCCCGCAUGUGCAGGAGGAAGCCAAACUAAUACUGAUAAACAGAAGGCAAAAAGAUGUUUCAACACUGCUGUAAGUAAAUGUGAAAGAGUAAUAGAUAAUCAUAAAGAGAAAGAUACUUUUCAUCAAUAUCUUCCCAUUAUACAGCCACAAUUAAGUAAAUGUAAGAGUUACAGAAAUGGAAUAACACCUUCCUCAAAGACACUUUUAGGUGCUCUUAAAAGAAAGAGCGAGAGAAACACGGAAAAUGCAGAUGUGAGGGUGACAGUUAUGGAACAUACAGAAGUCCAAGAAAUGAAAAGAAUCCACUUUUCUCCUAUGGAGUCUUCAACUGUUAAAAAAACAAAAAAGGUGAUAACGCCCAUAUCAAAACGUACUCACAGAGACAAAUUGAACCUGAAGAAGAAAACCAAUUCACUAGUAAACAGAACUCCUCAUUAUAAAACCAAAAAAAGGACAAGACCCUCUGUUGCUGUGGCUCAGGCCAGUUUGACCUUCAUAAAACCUUUGAAAAUAGAUAUUCCCAGACACCCAAUGCCAUUUGCUGCUAAAAACAUGUUUUAUGAUGAACGGUGGAAGGAAAAGCAGGAAAAGGGCUUCACUUGGUGGCUAAAUUUUAUAUUAACUCCAGACGACUUUACUGUAAAAACAAAUAUUUCUGAAGUCAAUGCUGCCACUCUCCUUUUGGGAAUGGAGAACCAACAUAAAAUAAGUGUUCCUAGAGCUCCGACAAAGGAUGAAAUGUCUCUCAGGGCUUAUACUGCUCGGUGCAGGUUGAAUAGGUUACGUCGUGCAGCAUGUCAUUUGUUUACUUCCGAAAAACUGGUUAAAGCUAUUAAAAAGCUUGAAAUUGAAAUUGAAGCUAAGCGGUUAAUUGUACGAAGGGAUAGACACCUCUGGAAAGAUGUAGGAGAGAGGCAAAAAGUCCUGAAUUGGCUGUUGUCAUAUAAUCCUUUGUGGUUACGAAUUGGCCUAGAGACAAUUUAUGGAGAACUCAUAUCUUUGGAAGACAACAGUGAUGUCACGGGUUUGGCUGUGUUUAUUCUUCAUCGCUUGCUUUGGAAUCCUGAUAUAGCAGCUGAGUAUAGACACCCCACUGUACCUCAUCUAUAUAGAGAUGGUCAUGAAGAAGCUUUAUCUAAGUUUACAUUGAAAAAGUUACUGCUGUUGGUUUGUUUCCUUGACUAUGCUAAAAUCUCCAAACUUAUUGAUCAUGAUCCUUGUCUCUUCUGUAAAGAUGCUGAAUUCAAGACUAGUAAAGGAAUUCUUCUGGCUUUUUCACGAGACUUCCUGAGUGGUGAAGGUGACCUUUCCCGUCAUCUUAGCUUAUUGGGAUUACCUGUUAACCAUGUUCAGACACCAUUUGAUGAAUUUGAUUUUGCUGUUACAAAUCUUGCUGUAGACUUGCAGUGUGGGGUGCGACUUGUGCGAAUAAUGGAACUCCUCACACGAAACUGGAAUCUUUCAAAGAAACUCAGGAUUCCUGCGAUAAGUCGUCUUCAAAGGAUACACAAUGUUGACAUUGUUCUUCAAAUUCUUCAGUCACGAGGAAUUCAGUUAAAUGAUGAGCAUGGAAAUACAAUCCUAUCUAAGGAUAUUGUGGAUAGACACAGAGAAAAAACUCUUGCAUUGCUUUGGAAAAUAGCAUUUGCUUUUCAGGUGGAUCUUUCCCUUAAUUUAGAUCAGUUAAAGGAAGAAAUUGACUUUUUAAAACACACCCAGAGUAUGAAGAAAGCAAUGUCCGUACUGUCAUGCGAGUCUGACACUGUUAUUAAUAAAAAAAAAGAUGAAAGGAAUAGUUGUUCCUUUGAACGAUAUAGUGAUAACAUCAAGCUAUUGAUGGAAUGGGUGAAUGCUGUUUGUGCCUUUUAUAAUAAAAAGGUGGAGAAUUUCACAGUGUCUUUCUCAGAUGGUCGCGUGUUAUGUUACCUGAUCCACCACUAUCAUCCUUGCUACAUGCCUUUUGAUGCUAUAUGUCAGCGUACCACUCAGACUGUGGAGUGUACACAAACUGGUUCAGUGGUGUUAAAUUCAUCUUCUGAAUCUGAUGACAGUCCUCUGGAGAUGUCUCAUAAUGCACUUGAUUAUGUAGACAAUGCAUCAGAACUAUACAAAGAACUCCUAGAAAAUGAAAAGAAAAAUUUUCAGUUGGUUAGGUCUGCAGUUAGAGAUCUUGGUGGAAUACCUGCUAUGAUUCAUCACACAGAUAUGUCAAAUACAAUUCCAGACGAAAAAGUCGUUAUUACAUAUUUGUCAUUUCUUUGUGCAAGACUUUUGGAUCUUCGUAAAGAAACAAGAGCUGCUCGAAUCAUACAGACAACCUGGAGAAAAUAUAAACUAAAAACAGAUCUAAAACGCCAUCAGGAGAGAGAUAAAGCUGCAAGAAUUAUACAAUCAGCUAUAGUAAAUUUUCUAACUAUACAGCGUUUGAAAAAAGAAGCUAAUGCAGUGUUGACCAUUCAGAAAUAUUGGCGAAGGCUCUUAGCACAGAGAAAUUUAUUAAUGUUAAAAAAGAAAAAACUAGAAAAAGUUCAAAAUAAAUCAGCAUCAGUUAUUCAGAGGUGUUGGAGAAGAUAUUCCACUAGAAAAAAAUUUCUGAAACUGAAAUAUUAUUCAAUCAUCCUACAAUCUAGGAUAAGAAUGUUAAUUGCCGUUAAUUCUUACAAACAAUACCUGUGGGCUACUAUUACAAUUCAGAGGUAUUGGCGUGCUUGUUUAAGAAGAAACCAUGAUCAACAGAGAUAUAAAAUGAUAAAAUCAUCAUCCCUUAUCAUCCAGUAUAUGUUCAGAAGAUGGAAGCAACGUAAAAUGCACUUACAAAUUAAAGCUACAAUAAUAUUGCAAAGAGCUUUUAGAAAAUGGCAUGCCAGAAAACGUGCUAAAGAAGAAAAAGCUGCUAUUGUCAUACAGUCAUGGUAUAGAAUGCACAAAGAAUUGCAGAAAUAUGUUCAUAUUAGAUCUUGUGUUGUUACUAUUCAGACAAGAUUCCAGUGCAUUCAAGCCCAAAAAUUAUAUGAAAAGAAAAAAGAAUCUAUUCUGACAAUCCAGAAGUACUAUAGAGCAUAUUUAGAAGGAAAGAUUGAACGCACAAACUAUUUGCAGAAACGGGCCGCAGCCAUUCGACUACAGGGUGCUUUCAGGAGAAUGAAAGCACAGAAGUUACACAGGCAAAUUAGAGCUGCUUGUAUUCUUCAGUCAUAUUGGAGAAUGAGGCAAGACAGACUUCAAUUUCUAAACCUUAGGAAAAUAGUCAUCAAAUUGCAGGCACACAUAAGAAAAUAUCAACAAUUACAGAAAUACAAGAAGAUGAAGAAUGCCGCCUUGGUAAUUCAGAUUCACUUCCGAGCUUAUGUUUCAGCCAAAAAUGUUCUAUCAUCUUACCAGAAAACACGUUCUGCUGUCAUUGUUCUGCAGAGCGCAUAUCGAGGGAUGCAAGCCAGGAACAAGUUUAACUGCACUCUCACCUCAAUUAUAAAGUUACAAUCCAUUGUCAGGAUGAAAGGAACUCGUAAAAGAUACUUACGUUUAAGAGCAGCUGCUCUGUUCAUCCAGCACUGGUAUCGGUCACUAAAAUUGGCAGCACAAAUGAGAAAAGAAUACAUGGAGGUGCAGGCAUCUUGUGUUAAACUGCAAGCUUUUGUUAGAGGAUACCUGGUUCGAAAGCAGAUGAGAUUGCAAAGAAAAGCUGCUAUUUCACUACAGUCUUAUUUCAGAAUGAGAAAGGUGCGACAGUGUUACCUGAAAAUUUAUAAAGCAACUGUUGUCAUUCAGAUUUACUAUCGUGCAUACAAAUCACAGGUGAAUCAGAGGAAGAACUUGCAGAUCAAAAGAGCACUUACCUGCUUGCAAGCAGCUUACAGAGGCUAUAGAGUGCGCCAGCUAAUCAAACAUCAAUCUGUCGCUGCUCUCAAAAUUCAAACUGCUUUCAGAGGCUAUAGUACAAGGGUGAAAUAUCAAUCUGUGCUUCAGUCUACUGUCAAAAUUCAGAGAUGGUAUAGGGCAUGCAGGACUGUUUAUGAGAUAAAAACACAUUUUCUAAAGACAAGGACAGCUGUGAUUUCUCUCCAGUCUGCUUAUCGUGGUUGGAAAGUUCGCAAGCAGAUCAGAAAGGAAAAUGAAGCCGCAAUGAAGAUUCAGUCUACUUUUAGAAUGAUCCAGGCCCAGAAGCAGUUUAGAGUGAUAAAAACUGCAGCAUUAGUCAUCCAGAGACAUCUGAGAGCAUGGACUGUAGGAAAGAAGCAACACAUGGAGUAUGUUGAACUCCGUUAUGCGGCACUGAUAUUUCAGUCUACAUGGAAGGGAAAAACAGCAAGGAGACACAUUCAAAAACAACAGAAAUGUGCUAUCAUUAUACAGUCAUACUAUAGAAUGCACGUGCAGCGAAGGAAGUGGGAAACCAUGAAAAAUGCUGCUCAUCUCAUUCAAAUGUAUUAUAGAGCUUACAGCAUUGGAAGGAAACAGCAUCAUUUGUAUUUGAAAACCAAAGCAGCUAUUGUAGUUUUACAGUCAGCUUACCGAAGUAUGAGAGUGAGAAAAAGAAUUAAGGAGUGGAACAAAGCAGCAGUCACUAUACAGUCUAAAUAUAGAACUUACAAAAACCAAAGGCAAUAUGCAACCUGUAAAGCUUCAGCUAUUACCAUUCAGAGGUGGUUUCGAGGUAUUAUAAUUACAAACCAUCAACGUAAGGAAUACCUUGAUUUAAAAUGGGCAGCAAUUAAAAUCCAAGCUACUUAUAGAGGAAUUAGAGUAAGAAGACAUAUUCAGAGCAUGCAUAUGGCAGCCGCUGUUAUUCAAGCCACUUUUAAAAUGCAUCAGUCAAAAAUAAGAUACCAUAAAAUGAGGACAGCAGCUGUCGUGAUUCAAGUAAGAUAUAGAGCCUACUAUCAAGUUAGAACUCAGCGUGCAAAGUUCUUGACAAUUUUGAAAGCUGUUAUUACUAUUCAGGCAAGUUUUAGAGGAAUGAGAGUUAGACAGGCUGCGAGAAAGAUUCAGGUGGCUGCAAUACUCCUUCAGUCCUACUACAGAAGAUACAGACAACAGACAUAUUUUAAUAAGUUAAAGAAGGUGACAAAAGCAAUGCAACAGAGGUACCGAGCAGUCAAGGAGAAAAACAAACAAUUGCAGAGAUACAGCAAAUUAAGGCAUUCUAUAAUAUGUAUUCAAGCUGCUUUUAGGGGGAUGAAAGCCAGAAGAGAUUUAAAAGUUAGGCAUUUAGCUGCAACUCUAAUUCAGAGAAGAUUUAGAACUCUGCUGACUCGAAAAAGAUUCCUAUCUCUCAGGAAAACUGCUGUUUGGGUUCAGAGAAAAUACCGUGCAAGUGCUUGUGCAAAGUAUCACUCUGAACAAUUCCUACGAUUACGUAAGGCAGUCAUUCAAAUCCAGUCAUCAUAUAGAGGAUGGAUGGUAAGAAAAAUGAUGCAAGAGAUGCACAGGGCAGCUGCUAUCCUCCAGGCAACCUUCCGGAUGUGUGUAGAACGUGCGAGGUACCAGACCUUGAAACACGCUUCGCUUGUAAUCCAGCGGUGGUACCGUGCAAAUAGGGCUGCAAAACUGCAGAGACAAUGUUACCUCCAACAAAGACAUUCUGUUUUGACUCUGCAGGCUGCAUUUAGGGGCAUGAGGACUAGAAGACAUCUGAGAAGUAUGCAUUCCUCUGCAACCCUUAUUCAGAGCAAGUUUAGAUCUUCAAUGAUGAGAAAACGAUUCAUUUCCCUCAAAAAUGCUGCUAUUUUUGUUCAGAGGAAAUAUCGAGACACUGUUUGUACUAAGCAUCACUUGCACCAAUUCUUGCAGUUACAAAAGGCAGUCAUUACAAUCCAGUCAUCUUACCGGAGGCUAAUGGUAAAGAGGAAGGUAGAGGAGAUGCACAGGGCUGCAGCUGUCAUCCAGGCUACUUUCAGAAUGCACAGAGCGUACUUUACAUUUCAGACUUGGAAAUAUGCCUCAGUUCUCAUUCAGCAACAUUAUCGAAGAUACAGAGCUGUAAAAUUGCAAAGAGAAAAUUUUAUCAGGCAAAGGCAGUCUGCUGUGGUCAUUCAGGCUGCAUAUAAAGGAAUGAAAGUGAGACAGCUUAUGAGGAAAAAGCAAAAAGCUGCUGUCAUAAUACAAAGCACAUAUAGAAUGUAUAGGCAGUAUUAUUUCUACCAAAAGGUUCAGUGGGCUGCAAAACUAGUACAAAAAGUAUAUAGAGCAAAUAAAACACAGAAAGCUCUUCAACACUAUGCACUCACAAAAGCAGCAGCUUGUAUCCAGGACAUGAUCUUAAGGCAAGAGAUUCAGGAACAGCAUCAGGCUGCCCUCAUUGUCCAAAAGUAUUUUAAAGCCUCAAAAAUAAGGAAGCGUUAUUUCCACUUUAGAAAAACAGUCAUCUUUGUUCAACGAAGAUACAGAGCACUAACUGCAAAGCGUACCCAAGCAGUUAUUUGUAUCCAGUCUUCUUAUAGACGCUACAGGGUCCGAAGGGACAUCCAGCAUAUGCAUCUGGCUGCCACACGAAUUCAGUCCCUUUACAGAAUGCACAGGGCAAAUGCUGAUUAUCAAGCAAAGAAAGCUGCAGCUGUUGUUAUACAGAAUUAUUAUAGGUCAUAUGUAAGAAUAAAAUUGGAAAGAAAAACGGUUUUAGCAGUUCAGAAAUCCCUACACACUAUUCAGGGUGAUUUUAGAGGCAAGAAAGUUAGAUCAGAGUUGAAAAAUGUGUCUAAGGGAAACCUGGCUGCUGCUUUUCCCCAAACCGUGGUCGACUGUCACAGAACUGAAACCCAAUGUGAGGUCGUUCAGAGCUCAGCAGCUGGGACUCACAAUUGUUAUAACACCUUUGUGGGUGCUUGGUCACAGGAAGCAGAGUUUGAUUUGCCAAGAAAGACUGUAGUAACAAUUCAAAAAGCUUUUUGUAAAAUGGUCACAAGAAAAUUGGAAACACAAAAGCCUGCUGCCCUACAAAUUCAGUCCUUCCUUCAGAUGGCUGUGUGUCGCCAACGAUUUGUUCAGCAGAAAAGAGCUGCCCUCACUUUACAGCAGUAUUUCAGGACAUGGCAAGCCAGAAAACAGUUUCUAGCAUACAGAAAAGCAGCAAAGAUCUUACAAAACCACCACAGAGCCUUUCUGGCUACAAAACAUCAAAGAGAAGUUUAUUUGCAGAUUAGGAGAAGCAUAAUCAUUAUUCAAGCUGUAAUGAAAGGAUUUAUGCAGAAACGGAAAUUUCAAAAAAUUAAAGAUAGCACCAUAAAAAUCCAGGCUGCGUGGAGGAAAUAUAAAGCCAGGAAAUAUUUAAGUAGAGUGAAAGCUGCCUGCAAGAUUCAAGCCUGGUAUAGGUGUUGGAAAGCACGUAAAGAAUAUCUAGCUGUUUUAAAAGCUGUUAAAAUCUUUCAAGGUUGCUUCUAUACCAAACAGAAGAGAGCUUGGUUUUUGGAGUUGCGAGCAUCAGCAAUUGUCAUUCAGAGAAAAUGGAGAGCUACACUUUGUACAAGAAUAGCUUGUGAGCACUUCUUAAUGAUAAAAAGACAUCAAGCUGCUUCUUUGAUCCAAGCAAAUUUUAGAGCAUAUAAAGCACGGCAGGACUUUCUUCGGCAGAAGUCUGCUGCUCUGACCAUACAAAGAUUUAUACGAGCCAGGGAGGUUGGGAAGCAUGAAAAGAUAAAAUAUGUUAAAUUGAAAAAAUGUGCAGUUGUUCUGCAAGCACUGGUGCGUGGUUGGUUAGUAAGAAAAAGGAUUUCAGAACAGAGAGCCAAAAUCAGGCUUCUUCAUUUCACAGCAGCAGCAUUUUAUCACCUGUCUGCUCUUAAAAUUCAGAGAGCAUAUAAACUUCACCUGGCUAUAAAGAAUGCUAAUAAACAGAUUAAUUCAGUCAUCUGUAUUCAGAGAUGGUUUCGAGCAAGAUUAGAGAGAAAGCGAUUUAUUCAAAGAUAUCAACACAUCAUAAAAAUUCGGCAUGAAGUUCAAGAACGUCUGAACCAGCAAAAUCGGGCUGCAUCAGUUAUACAGAAGGGAAUACGCCAUUUUCUCUUCCAUAAAAAACAGGAGAAAUUUAAUAAUGGAAUUACUAAAAUUCAGGCAUUAUGGAGAGGAUAUUCCUGGAGAAAGAAAAAUGAUUGUACGAAAAUUAAAGCCAUACGACUAAGUCUUCAAGUUGUUAAUAGGGAGAUUCGAGAAGAAAACAAACUCUACAAAAGAACUGCACUUGCACUUCAUUAUCUCUUGACAUAUAAGCACAUUUCUGCAAUACUUGAGGCUUUAAAGCAUCUAGAGGUUGUUACUAGAUUGUCUCCACUUUGUUGUGAGAAUAUGGCCCAGAGUGGAGCAAUAGCUAAAAUAUUUGUUUUGAUCCGAAGUUGUAAUCGGAGUGUACCUUGCAUGGAAGUCAUCAGAUAUGCUGUACAAGUCUUGCUUAAUGUUGCUAAGUAUGAAAAAACUACUUCAGCAGUUUAUGAUGUAGAAAACUGUGUCGAUACACUAUUGGAGCUUUUGCAGAGAUACCGUGAAAAACCGGGUGACAAAGUUGCAGAUAAAGGGGGAAGCAUUUUCACAAAAACUUGUUGUCUGUUAGCUGUUUUAUUGAAGACAACAAAUCGAGCCUCUGAUGUUCGAAGUAGGUCCAAAGUUGUUGACUGUAUUUAUAGUCUCUACAAACUUACAGCUCGUAAACAUAAAAUGAAUACUGAAAGAAUAAUUAAUAAACAAAGGAAUUCUUCUAUGAGCAUUUCCUUUAUUCCAGAAACACCUAUAAGAACCAGGGUAGUUUCAAGACUUAAACCAGAUUGGGUUUUAAGAAGAGAUAAAGUGGAAGAAAUCACAAAUCCUCUCCAAGCUAUUCAAAUGGUGAUGGAUACACUUGGCAUUCCUUAUUAAUAAAUAUAACCAUUUUCAUUAUGUACAGUAAAAAAUGACAUUUUCAAACUAAUCAUGAACAUGUACAGUG